GUCCAUGAAUGUCUCUGAUAUGAAAGAAGCUUGUCUUAAAAGACUUUUGAAAAUGGUUUCUCUCUUGGACUUGCAGUUGUGAUGUGAAUUGUGAAGGAGAAGUCCAAUCUGCACAUCUAGGCCUGUGGAGCGCAAGGGGAGGAGUGGAGUUCUCAACCUAAAGAAUUCGAUGGAUUUACAGAUACUCUUACGGGCAGUUUCUUUUGCUGCCCUGCUUGUAUUUGUUAGUCUUCCUUAUUCGGUGUAUGCGGGGGACAUCGUACAAGAAGACGAUCAGGCUCCGAGUCAGCCUGGUUGUAACAACAACUUCGUUCUGGUUAAAGUCCAAACUUUGGUGGAUGGUAUACAAGGCAGUGAGUUUGUAGGUGUUGGUGCUCGAUUCGGCACCACCAUGGAGUCAAAGGAGAAGCAUGCAAAUCAAACUAAGCUUAUCCUUGCGGAUCCUCCUGAUUGUUGCAGCACACUUAAGAAUAAGCUUUCUGGAGAAGUCAUCCUGGUUGAACGAGGUAAAUGCAAGUUCACAAAAAAGGCAAAUGUUGCACAAGCUGCUGGUGCUUCAGCAAUCCUAAUUAUAAAUUAUAAGACAGGUAACACCCCGUCCUUUCUUCUAUCUUGCUUAAUUGGGUUUAUUUUUUGGAGGUACUGA